GACGUUCAGUUCUGUGUCAGGUAUCCGUACGGCGUACCCCACCCACAAAGGCUGGAAUGUCAACCUGUGGGGCCUCUCACAAUGGGAUCUGAUGGUGAAACAAGUCACCAACCGGGCCGUGGGCUUCGGAAGGUCUUCCCUCCCGAGGGUGCUACCGAUAACACUACUGUUGACAUCAUCGCUAUCCACGGCCUAGACACCGAGUCGCCGGGAACAUGGACUUACAAGGGAAAGGGUAGGGGCUCAUCCGUGAACUGGCUCGAGGAUAGAUAUAUGCUACCAGCUGCCGCCCCUGAGGCCAGGGUUUAUACAUAUGAUUGGAAUGCAAAAGUAUUCAACAACGCUCCCGUCCAGACGUUGCUGGGUCAUGCCGACAGCCUCCUUACACUUGUAUCGUGUGAACAUGGUACUUCCGGUCGACCUAUACUGUUUAUCGCCUCUUGUUUUGGAGGCCUUAUUCUAGCUGAGACUAUCUGUCGUGCAGCCCAGGCGGGUAGUAAUUACCGUCAUAUACUUGGGUCUACGAUCGGUAUCGUCUUCUUAGCGACUCCUUUUUCUGGGACCGGUGCUGCCAACGCUGCGUCGUGGCUCGUUGUCGUCAAGGGGAUCAUGGGCAAGGACGCGUCAGGCGAACUCAUUAAGGACUUGGUACAGCGUCAUGAGUUUGUUUCCGAGCGUGUCCAGAAGUUUGCCGAAAUCGCCAAUGCCGAUCUCACACGAUUUCCCAUUCGCUGCUUCUAUGAGACAGGGAAAACCAAGAUUGCAAAGAAGAUUUUUCGAUGGGGAAUUCCGGACAGGUUCCUACGAGGUUCUAUACUCGUUACCCAGUCUUCGGCUUGUCUUGAUGGCUUUGAUCGUCGGGGUCUCGAGAAACCUCACGUAAUGAUGAACAAAUUCCAGGGAAACGACUGCCCUGAUUUCAAACAGGUCAAAGAAGCCAUACAAUUCAUCUUGAAGGAGGGACCAAACACCCUAAGACGCCGAGCAGGAAAAGAGAUCACUAGAAGAUCAGUCGAGUCAGUGAUGCAGAAGAAGCAAGCCCAGGUCCUGGAAAGUCUCUAUUUCCAGAGCAUGAAUAAGAGGAAAAAUGACUCCCCCGAUUCAUAUCCCGAAACUUUCCAAUGGAUUUUCCGUACAGACGAUGCCGAGGAUAAGUCUAACGACCUAGCCAAUAAGCGAUGGAAUGAUUUCGAGGCCUGGCUUGAGUCUGACGAUGCCAUUUACUGGAUCAGUGGCAAGCCUGGAUCCGGGAAGACCACGUUAAUGAAGUACCUCAUGGGAAACGAUCUCACGAAGAAAGCAUUAGCUAUUUGGACUGAAAGGACCAAGGGGGUCGAGCGUCCUGUGAUAUUCUCCCACUUAUUCUGGAAAGCCGGGACUGAGGAAUUGCAGAGAAACAUCAAGGGAUGCCUAUCUUCCAUUCUUUAUCAAGCCAUUGAACUCGACACGGCUUCCUUAGACUCAAUACUGACCAUCCACGAGUCAUUAUUAGCUAAGAAAUCUAUUCAUGAUUGGUCGUCUAAGGAGCUUGAAGAUGUAUGUUUCGCAAUGUUGCGUGACUAUCCAUCUCCAGCUUGCAUAUUCCUCGAUGGCCUAGAUGAAAUAUGCCAAGAAGAUCGCUCUUCGCUUAUGGAGCUGGUAGAAAAUCUUAGGAGACUUCCUAAUACCAAACUAUGCGUAGCCAGCCGGCCAGAGAGAGACCUCGAGUCUGCCUUUUCCAAAUAUCCACACCUAAAAUUGCAAGACCUAACUUACAGUGACAUGGAAAUAUAUGCAUCUGGAAAGAUAGAGCCAUAUGUUUCUAAAGGCCAGAUAACGAGAGACUUCGGGUCAGAUAUCAUUGACACACUUGUCUACAAGGCGAAAGGCGUCUUUCUCUGGCUUCAUUUAGCAUCCGACAGCCUGGUUCGUGGACUGAAAAACCACGAUUCAGAGGAGACACUACGCGAAAGACUUGAAGAAUUUCCUGACGACCUAAACAAACUCUAUGAGGACAUAUGGAACCGAGUAAACAAAAAUACGAAAGCAUACCGAAAAACUGCCGCCAGAUAUUUAAAUGCCACCAUCACUGCACAAAAAAUGGAAAAACUCUAUGUCUAUGACCGAUUCAGCCUCCUUGACCUAGUGACUGCAACAAAUGAUCAACUUCAACGUACAUUCCGAGCAAGAUAUACUAUAGACGAAGCUUCUUUAAUACAGGAGUGCAAGAAAACCCUCGGUGAAAUCCGAACUCAGUGUAUUGGCCUUUUGGAGAUAGAUAUGAGGAUGAUGAAGGAUAACGACGAUGGACCCUUUCAGCCGUAUGUGAAUAUGUCGGUAGGAUUCGCUCACCGGACAGCCUACGAUUUCCUCACAGAUACUGAAGGAGGUCGUGCUAUUCUUGCGUACGACUCAUCCCCUCAUCAUGAGCUACCCUUCAAAUUGAUUAAGGGCUGUUUGAUUACGGCUAGGCUUGGGCUCUCCAGGUACCACUCUCCUGUGCACAUCAUUGAUGAAUUGUCGAUGCUGCCAAGCACUAUCCCCCCACCAGAAAUCGAAAAAAGUCUAAUCGAUACGUGGCAUUUAUACGAUGAUGGGUAUUUUGACCUAAAAUACAGUAGGCCUCACUUCUUGGCAAUUGCAGCUCGUUCCAGAUUCGCAGACUUCAUCAAAUCGAACAUAAAGAAAAGUAAAAACCCAUCAUCAUUAGCCAGUUACGUUUUACACUACGUAUGUACAUAUUCCAGAUGGAAAGUAUCAGAUUAUCUUGAUAAUCUCAAUUCUUUUGGGGAGUUCUUGUUGCACUUAGUUGCGUACCGUUCUGUAGCUCAAUUGCCUGUAUAAUAAUUGCCCUCUUAACGGUAGAAUGGGAGGCGACAGACAUCAAUGCACUAUAUGGGUACCUGCAAAAAGCUAUCAAACUCAUACCAAA